AUGUUUAGAGCUCUUUUGCGGCCUAGUUACCUCGCAAGAGCCAGAUUCGCUCCCAGACUUCCAGCAAGACAAUUUCAUGCAUCUCCAUUGAGUCUCAAAAAGAGACUCGGCAAGAAGACAGUCGAAGUGGAGGAAAAUGAUGCCGCCGUCAGUGCUUCAGACAUCGAUUUCAAGGAAUUGGAAACCAAAAUGCAAGCCGUCGUUGAUAGGUUUGGUAAAGUUGCCAACGAAGCCAAGCUUGGAAAAAGCAAUCCCCUGAUCUUCGACAAUCUUACCGUCAAAACCGCCGACGGUGAUCUUCCGUUUACAUCCACUGCUCAGACAGCGGUCAAAGGUCGUAACUUUAUGAUCACUGUGUUCGACCCUUCCAAUACCAAAAAUAUCGUGAGCGCUAUCUUGGCAGCUAACUUGAAUAUGACUCCAAUCGCAGACCCUCAGAAUAAGCAGCUGAUCAAGGUGCCUUUACCUCCAGUGACUACCGACUCCAAGAAAGAGACUGUUAAGCACCUAAAAGAGUCGUUUGAGAAACUUCGUAACGGUCCAGGCGGACACAGCAAAAACGCACACACAUUGGCAUCAAUUAGAGGUGAUAUCAAGAAAAGAUUGUCCAAAAAAGUGAAGAAAUCGGACGAUGAGACCAAAGCGUGGAAUGAUUUUGAAAAGAUCCACAGACAGUACUGUGACAAGCUCCAAGAUGUGUUCAAGACGGCCGAAAAAGCCAUCAUGAAGUAA